AUGACAAACAUCGUACAGGGGCAUUUCGGUCAUUUUAAUCACCCGAGAAGGAAAUCAGCAGACGGCGAUGCGAAGACGUCGUGGGUUGGACCGGACGGGAGGGUGUACCAUAGCCACGAUGGACUCGCACCGCACUCACACGAACCCAUCUACUCUCCUGGCUACUUCAGUCGCCGAGCUCCUCCGCUUCACGACCGAAACUUCUCUGAGAGAGCUUUUACCGUCGGUAUUGGCGGUCCCGUUGGCACAGGGAAAACGGCAUUGAUGCUUGCUCUUUGUAGAUUCUUGCGGGAAAAAUACAGUCUUGCUGCUGUGACCAAUGAUAUAUUCACCAAAGAGGAUGGUGAGUUUCUGGUAAAGAAUGGGGCUCUUCCUGAGGAAAGGAUUAGGGCUAUUGAAACCGGUGGAUGUCCUCACGCUGCGAUCCGUGAAGAUAUCAGUAUUAAUUUAGGUCCUCUCGAGGAGUUAUCUAACUUAUUCAAGGCUGAUUUGCUUCUUUGUGAAUCUGGUGGAGAUAAUUUAGCUGCUAAUUUCAGCAGAGAACUAGCUGACUACAUCAUUUACAUCAUUGAUGUAUCGGCUGGUGAUAAAAUUCCCCGUAAAGGUGGCCCUGGAAUCACUCAAGCUGAUCUUCUGGUGAUAAACAAGACAGACCUUGCAGCAGCUGUUGGGGCCGACUUAUCUGUCAUGGAACGGGAUGCACUACGCAUGCGUGAUGGAGGGCCAUUCGUCUUUGCUCAGGUGAAGCAUGGACUUGGGGUAGAGGAAAUUGUCAGCCAUGUCUUGCACUCAUGGGAACAUGCGACCGGGAACAAGCGUCAUUGA